CCUAGAGAACAUCUAACCUGUCAAAGAAAGAAAGAAAGAAAGAAAGAAGGAGGGAAGGAAGGAAGAAAAAGGGAAAGGAACCAAGGAAGGAAGAAAAGCAAACAAACAAGCAAGAUGUUACUACUCCACCCAAUCUGCAAUUUAAACUUUGAUCCUGCGGGUGUCCUGCCUGCAUGCCCAGUAGUUGUUAUUUGGAAAUCAUGAGGGCUAUGUUUUUAGGGAGGGUUGAGAGUAUGGUCACUGCUUACUGGAGCAUGUAGCAAUUGUUUAGAUUUGUUUAGCUUGGUUGCCAUGGCUCCUUUGUAGCGAAUGACUCCUUUGCCAUGUGAGAACGGGUUGCCAUGAUUCUGCUUGUAUGCAUAAUGCAGCAGUCUCCUCUUGAAAUUUCAUCCGAUGCCAGUGUCCAGCCAUACUCCAGGGCCACUCUUCUCCACGGUUGACGAGUCUCUCUCCCUGACCUAAUUUAACUUCUCCUGAAACACACAGUAGGGCCUGAAGGGAGUGAGUGUGUAAUCUCAAUGACCCUGUUGUGCUAUAUUUCUUCAUGAGUAUCUCUCUUAAAUAAAUUUUGGGAUUUUAGAAUUAGAAGUGAAAGUCAAGAUUGUCAGCAAACUGUCGCUGGUUUCGGCUCUGCCCUAUUCCUACUGUGAACAAUGAACACAGAGCAUGUUUUCUGCUUAGGAACAGAAAGGGAACUGAAGCAAAGGAAAAAAGGGAACCAUGAGUCUGAAGCAUUUUAACACCAAAAAAUUCCUUGGCACACUGAAGGGGCAGAGAGUUGAAUACAUUAAAGUAGUUCUACAGGGAAGGAGGAAUCGUUCUUGAAAGUGGGGCAUUUGCAGUUGUGGAAUCUUUGGUGCCUUGAGUUCCGCAGAGGGCUCCAUUGUCAUCACUGAGGUCAGAAAAGCUGACCUUUGGACUUGAGCAGCCUGCAGUGUGGUGGGCAAUGGGCAUGGCUGCCGGUUUGCAAGUGGGCUGAGUGCUUCUGCCGUUUAGGAGACUGUCCUGCUUUUAUUCGUAUGAAAUCAUCUCCCUGGGUCUCCUGAGUGCCAAGAAGGCCAUCCUGGAGGGAAGGGGGAGCUGGACACUAAGCAUCCUCUAAGGUUCUCUCAUUUCCAGCCGACAUUAUGAAACGACAGCAAAAGAGAAAGCAUGUUGGAAGUGAGGAUUCUGAAGAAACUGAUGAGAAAGGAAGAGGAGCCUCGAGGUCACCAGAUGAUGCUUCUCAGCCAAGGUCACCUGGAGCAUCCAGAACCCAGAGCCCAGGGACAGGGGAGACAUCCUCUGCUUCUGAAUACUUCUCAUGUGUUUCUUCUCCCUCCAAGCUCCCUCGACUCACCUGUGGCAGAACUUCAGUGUCACCGUCACACGCUUCCCAACCUGGGUGUUCUGGAGUCACCAAAGUCCAGACUCUAGCCUUGCGCUUGCGAGGAACUUCAGUGUCACCGUCACACGCUUCCCAACCUGGGUGUUCUGGAGUCACCAAAGUCCAGACUCUAGGGGCAGGGGAGACAUCCUCUGCUUCUGAGUACUUCUCCUGUGUUUCUUCUCCCUCCAAGCUCAUCCAUGGAAUCCACAGAGUACAAGGAGAUGCGGCUCAGGAUAAUUCAUCACUGGUCCAGGUCAAAGAACAAGAAGAAACUCCUGCCUCAAAGCCUGUCUCCUUUUCCUCCUGUUCAUCUUGUGAGAUCUGUAUAGACUCUGUGUGUAUAAACAAAGAAGAAACCAGCAUGAAAAUAUACUAUAUAGAGGUAAAAAUGAAAAAAGGUGUGGCUUUCUCCUGGGAGGCAGAGGACACCUCAGGGUCCCCAGGAAAGCAGCCAAGAAUGGAAGAAAUGACCUUGCCUGAGGGUUUACCGGUAGGUACUCCUCCCUCUGACAUGUCCACCAGAAACCUCCUGUCUGACAUGGAGCUCCACGGGGAGGAGAAUGAACACAAAACAAAGGUAGAGUCAGACAACAAGCCUGGGUUGCUUGUAGUCAAGGAGACACCAAAUGCCGAGGUGUCCAAGGUCAAGACACCUGACUGGCUGAGGUCCCUGGAGAGUGGUUUCAAGUGUGUGGCCUGCUGUCGGGUCUUUGCCACCAUCGACACCCUCCGGGAGCAUGUGCAGUACGGGAUCCGGGAGGGCUUCAGCUGCCAUGUCUUCCAUCGUACCAUGAGUCAGCUGAGGGGAAAUGUGGAGUCAGAGAACACCCAAGAGGAGGAAAAGGAGAAGGAGCAGAAAGCAGAACAGGAACCGAAGCAAGACAAAAAGGAGCAUGAGGAAGAGCAGCCCCCAGGGGAAGACUUUGUCCUGAAGAAACCCCAGAGCCAGUGUCCAGGCUAUGUGUUUCAUUCUCCAGAGGAAGGAACAAGUGAGAUUCAAGGACUAGAAGAUCCUGGAAGAUCUUUUGGUACAGGGAGAAGGACAGACCACGGAGAUAGUAACAAAGCCAAUAGUAUAAUAAAGGAUGAAGGAAACAGUCCUCAGUCUAACAUAUAAAUAUCAUAUGCAAUAAAAAUUGCC